AUGUAUACGAGAUAUAAACUGGGAUACGAAUGGCCAUUAUAUCCCGGUGAAACCUACCCUGUUCGAACUGUGCUACCUCAAUUCUAUAGAAAAUACUUGAAAGUUUCUAUGGAUAAUAUCCAAAAGCAUGAAAACAUCCCAAGAACAGUGGAUGAGCUUAAUGCUGUUCUAAAGAAGGAAUGGUCAAAAUUUUUUAUCUAA